AUGGCUGCUAAUGUGAAUCUAUUCGCCCGUCCCGCCGAUAACGGCUAUUUGGCGCUGGGAGACAAGCCUGCCGAGGACGUAGACACCGCUGGGGAGUCCUCCCCAUUCUUAGAAUCUUCCUCUCCUCUAGCGCAUAGAAAACAUGUCCGUACCCCUACUGCGCUCGAUAUUUGGGAAGAAAGCCGUCAGCCAAGUCGCCAGGAGCCCGAACGCAACAAGCACGGCCAGAAGUCAUGGUAUUGCAAGCGUUGCUCCUACUCCAAGGCCGCCCAUAACAGAGUCCAGGGCCAUCUCCGGGAUAAGUACUGA